AUGGACAGCCUUGGGAUUAAUUACUCGACCAUCAGUAUCAGUGCGCCAUGUGUUUCCUUUAUCAAAGAUGCCAACAAGGCCAACGUGGGCUUGUGCACUAAUGCUGAUGGCAUGUACUUGGGUGAUCCCACUUUGGAUCCUGUUCUGUCGGCCCUCAGUGCCCCCAAUUCCAGCGUAUUUGUUCAUUCAGCCUCCCCAAAGUGCACAUCCGUCGCUUUGGGUCACCCCAUUCCGAUGACAGGGUAUCUUUUCGACAUCGUGCGGGCUAUGGGGAAUUUAUUCUUGAUGGUCAGCGUACUAAAUACCCAGCCUUAA